CCGGUCACGUAUCUGGAUAACGGGGAACAGCCUUUGAGCCAACCAGGUCCAAAUAGCCGGACUUUGUGGCCCUCGAGGAGCGAUUUAUUCGAAUGGCGGAUCCGGCAUAUUGGAUCAAAGUGUUCAAAAGUAAGCAAUCGGCAUCAACACAGAAAUUUGCAGUGUAAGUUUCUUUCGUCUGUUUUGCAGAGAUUGAACGGCAUGUUAGACAGACUCAUAGAGGGGUUUGAAAGCGAAAAUGCCCAAGCACGAUGAGUGCAAGCUCAAGCUCAAGCUCGAGCGAAAAUUGAAGAGAUGACAGAAGCCAUGUGCGCCUCCUAGGUGCGUCCUCGUGCGAAACCCCCACGUUCAUAUUGUGGAGCCCAGAGACCGCCGCACCGCCCUCUGCGUGCAGCCACCACUGCCAGCUCUCCGCACAGACGACAUUCGAGCCUCGUUCCGAUGCCACCUCACUGGGAUAUGCCACUCUCCGGCCUGAGACAGGCUAGAGGCCAAUCCCAGACCCAUACAGAUUUUGUUGCAGUUGAAUCGCAGUGGAAGAACCCAACUGACAUCCUUACCAUUCUCAUGAUUAUUGGCGGCGACGUUGUGCAAUGCGCACUCGCUCAAUUAAGCGCAGGUCCAUGGCUGAUAACUCCAGUCGCCUUCUCCUUCGGCUGGGUCGCCUACUCCUUCUCCGCCAUCCUAUUCGCUGUAGGCUCAGGCAGGGUCAUACCCGAGCCAGAUACCGAGGUCACGUGUAUCAACGUCAAGUCAGGUCAUGAUCGUGAGGUCAAGUCUUGGGUCCUGGCCCGUCUUUAUCGCGAUCUUGUGCCUAUCCCUCCAACCUCCCCAGCUGGCCUCACUGUCUUAUUCUACGAUACAACGCCAGCAAAACCCACUGGCUUCCGCGACCCUGAUUGGGUCUUCUACCUCGGCAUUGCCGUCAUCGCUUUGCAGCUAGGCAUCGCCUGUAUCCCCGGUGGCCUGAAUGGCAACUGGGUCAUUCUCAUCAUUACUGCCGGGGGGACGCUACUGGCGCAAUUAGGCGCUGCACUGCCUCAAUGGCGAGAGGAGAUGUGGUGUGCGCGGAAGUUGGAAGAGCGGGAAGACAAGGUGGAGGUGGUUUGCCUGACGGGAGGUAACGGUAGCUCGCAUGUCGUCGUUAUCAAGAGCAUCGGGUGCGGUCGCAGGCUCGAAGAUCUUGCCGGAGGGAGGACUGUACCAUCGCGCUUCACAUCAGUCGCCACGUUCGUCUUGGCUAUUCUGUGGAUUGUACAUCUCAUUACCGUCCAGGGUGUCGUUGAUGGCGGAUGGUAUCUCCUCGCAGUAGGCGGCCUCGGAAUGACUCAGAACGUCGUCUCCGCUGGCGCCCGUCGUGUGCCCGCCGCGCUUGGAUUUCAUAUCAAAGAGCGACGCACCAUUCACCGCAACAAGGUCUUCGAGGCCCUUCAGGUCGCAGAGGAGGAGGAAGAGAGAGUUGGACUUUCGCUGCUGGAUGUCUUUUUCCCUCGAGGGCUGAGAUCAUGGGAAGAGGAUUGGCGUCGCGAUAAGCUUACACAGUACGCUAAUACAAGAGUCGAGGAGGAGAAAUCUACCGCAUCUGCCGUCGUGGAUACCUCUCUGCCCUCAAAGGAGUACGAGAAGCGGGUCAAGAACUAGAGGCACCUACUUACGCAGCCUCUUAGACACACAGUGGUACGCUCCAUACCCGGCAGUGCC